AUGCCAAUACCUCCUCCCCCUCCCCCUGGACCACCCCCACCCCCAACUUUCAAUCAGGUAGGUGGUCCUCCUGUCCCUGCUGUCCACAUCCAAAGAGCCCUGCUGAGAAGCAUUCACAGGGGCACCCAAGAACUACUCCUGUGCUUCCCUUUCUCCACUUAACCUGGUUGCCGAUCUUCUCCUUUCAGGCUAACACAGAUCCUCCAAAACUGAACAGGGAUGAGCAGCGAGGGAGGGGAGCCUUGCUGCAAGACAUCUGUAAAGGGGCCAAGUUGAAAAAGGUGACCCAAGUCAAUGACCGGAGUGCACCCGUCAUUGAGAGUAAGCAUGGGGUCUGGGGCAGUUGCAAUAUGAUAUUUGCUAUCUAAUUGGGAAAGCUCUCGGUGAUCCCCCCCCCGCCGCCCAAUUUCCAGAUGGUGCUCAGCCCUUCUGUUGAGCAUUCACUCUUAAAAGAAUUCAGUAGCAGGUAUGGGAGGAAAUGGCCUAGAAUCUCUACAAACAGAGGCAUCAGGUGAUGCAGGUGGGGAGGGAGAGGGCUGUGGCCCAUAACAUUGCCCUUGGGGUGAGGCGUUUGCUUACAUUUGUCUGUUUGAUACGCUGUGUGCUUGAUCUGGCUUUGUGCUGUAUGAGGAGUUGGGGAAAGACAGAAGGGCCGGAAGGGGAGGACUCUUCCCCCCACUUGCACUGCAGCAUGUGGCUGGGUUCAGUCAGUUGAGUUACUUGGAGUCAUUUGCUGGCGUACGCCGCGAGUCAUUCUCAACAUGCCACCCCAUUUCCCUACUUUACUCCUGAGCAGAACCUUGCAGGAGUAGCAAUUAAUGACUGCGCUGCUCAGGUCACUUCUCAGCGUGUACCUUCUGUGCUGAACUCACUCAUAGCUUGUGGAACUUGGUGGUCUGGAUUGCAUACCUUCGUGGAAUCAUAGAAUCGGAAAUGAUCACGAGAGUCAUCUAGUCCAACCCCCUGCAAUGCAGGACUCUUUUGCCCCAUGUGGGACUCAAACCCACGACCCUGAGAUGAAGAGUCUCAGGCUCUUCAGACUGAGCUGUCAGUAGCUCUCUCACUUGAUCUGUUGGGGGAAAGGUUGUGCAGUCAGUCCCUUUGUUUUGUGACUGAGGCCAUCAUUCCCUCUGACAGCGUAAAGCAUAGAAGCCUCCUUUUUUGGCAGCAUGAGUUCUUGCACAGUCCCCCUCUGUAUGCCAGCAUAAGAAGAGCCUUGCUGCAUCAGACCAAAGGUCUAGCUAAUCCAGCAUUCCCACCAUGGCCAGUCAGAUGCCUCUGGGAAGCUCACAAGCAGCACUCUCCUGUCUGCAUUUGUAGUUGCAAAAAAUGUUCUCUUUGUUAUCUGAAGGAAGGCAGCAAACUACCUCCUAAACUGCACAGGUCCCAGUGCUGCAAAUGCUUGAAAUAAAGUGUUGCAGUUAGCAGUAAAAUAAAACUGGCAGCUGCACACUUGAAUCCUCGGAAACAGGUGUCUCUAAAUCCUGGUGUGAAGGUAAAUGCACAGCCUACGAUGUAUUCGUGCUUAGCUCUUUAAGCAGCAGCCGCUGUCUGAUACCCAUGUGAUCUUGAGCAGUAAAGUUAUUACCUUCUCUGCUUUCAUACUGCCACUUCAGGAGGAGGUGACUCCAAUACCACUGGGUCUUUUCCUUGCCCACAUGCUGAGAAGCAGCAUCUUGAGUAAAAGAAUAUGGUGGAGGCUGCCUAUGUAAAGCCCAGAAGAGAAGAACCAUAGCUCAGUGUAGAGUAGAGCAGAGCGUCUCUUUAGAGCAUCUCUCGUGUACAGCAGAGCCUCUACUUAUGACCGCCUCUACUUGGGUUCAAUCCAAGUCGCAACCGCGGCAAACCCAGAAGUAAAUACCGGGUUUGCCGCGAUUCGCGCACGCACAGAAACGGCUGUUUGCACACGCACAGAAGCGGCUGCUGCCAUCUGCACAUGCACACAACGGUACCAGCAACCCAUUUCGCCUUAAGGACGGGCCGCUGGAAUGAAUUAUGGUGGUAAGUAGAGGUUCCACUGUAAUUAGAAAGCCCCAGGGUCAAUCCCUGGCACCUCCAGUUAGAGCUGGGGGAAAUUCCUGCCUGAAACUGAGUGGCUUGGAUCUACGGUCUGUCUCAGAAUAAGGUAGUUCCCUAUGUUCCUGAGGUGGUAUUUUAAAAAAUGUGUUUAGAAAUUAAAUAAAUAACCCAGGGGCCUUUUUCUUCCAGAAUCCAAGGGCAGUGGCGGCUACAACUCCGGCGCAUCCCCUCUGCCACCAAAGGGCGGCCUCUUCCAGGGUGGUGUCCCCAAGCUUCGACCUGUGGGAGUAAAAGACAGUUCAGGUGAGGACCACAGAAUGUGGACUGGACUAGACUGAAUAAAAGUCAUUUAAAUCAUGAUUUGUGAAAUACCAGACAUUGAACCUUGUGUUUGAGUGAUCAAGUCCCCUAGCUCCUGCGAAGAGUGAUUGCAACUUGGUUUUGAGAGCAAGUCCAUGCCUUAUUGAAACGAUCAGGAAAAUUUAUGGUGGGUUGUAGUGGCACUUAAUGCCUGUGGAGCUGAGACUUGUCAGGCUUAAUAUCAAGGGUGGAAACCAUGUCUCCUCCCCCACCUGUCUGCCUGUGUAUUACUGGUGUAUUACAAGACUUCUUGCUUCUACGUGAACUUACUUGGACCUCUAGAUCUUCUUCUGAGGUCCCCCUUUGGAUACUCUGGCCAUCUAAGGUGAAGCCGGUGGUGGCCAAGAGAGGGUUUUUGAGGGUAGGGGUGAAGCGCACCCUGUCUAUGGAAUGCCUUCCCCAAAGAGACGUGUGUUUACAUUACCUCUGAUAAGUUUCUGUUCUGAAUUUUAAUAUCGAUCAUUGUUUGACUUGAUUAUUUAACUUGUUGGCUGCCGUGAAAAUCCCUUGGGGUUGAACACUUGUCAUUCAGCUACUGUGUGUGUAUUAUUUGUUGACCUCCCCUUCAUAUGACUAUAUUAAGGCAGUUUACAACAAAAUGCAUUAAGUACAGCACAAUAUAAAAUUGUAUUUAAAAACAGAAACUAAUUUUUAAAAACUGCCUCAAUGGAGAAAAGUAUAAGCAAGUGAAUGGUUAUACUUCUGGGAGAGAUGAUAGAAAAUUACCAGCAAGGAGUCCUGCCGAAUCUCUGCUGGAAGAGCAUUCCACAGCAAGGGACCAUCAACACUUAACACCUGACUUAUAGUUGAAGCCAGUUAGGCUUCUGAAACAUGGGUGAGAAGAGAGAGAAGUUAAGGGGCAACAAGGAGCUUGAAAGCUGAGAAUCCAGUGAGGAAAAGUUGCACUGGUGGAAAGUAGGAGGCAGUGGGCUCCGAAGGAGCUGCAUGUGGACGUAGGGUUGGCCAAGGAUAAAGUGCUGGAAGUGAGGACUUUCUCAGUGCUUGGAGAUGAGGGGUGGUGUGCUGUUAAUGCCAGGAAGGCCAAGUGGGUUGAACAGGCAAGGGAAUCAGAGGACCCUUGUUCAGGAAGCUGUAGAUGUAGGAAGUUAAUGGACGGAAUAACAGAAUUUUGCAGCCCUAAAUGAGUGAAUUGUCCAAAGCUUUAGCUGCCUGCCAGGAUUACAUUGGCAAUCAAGAAGUCGCCCUUUUCUUUCCCCUGAUGUCCCUUCUAUGUCCAGCAAUUAAAAUUUGACUUGCCUCGUUCAUCCGUUCUGCUGUGGGAAACAUUUGUGUCCAGACACCUGAAAACCUCCCAGUCAUUUAGAAUAUAGGCUCUGCAUGAACAGUAUAUCACUGGCUUUAUAUUGGAAGGAGAUGUUGAUCUAUUUCGCUUCUCUAACAAGCAACUCUGUGCUGUCUUUCCUUGGUUUCAGAAAGUCCCUCUGGGAAGCAGUGCCUCCAGGUCCCUGGGUCCAGAUCAGCGGCUCCGCGGCCCCCGGUGUCUGCAACCAGCAGCCGGCCCCAAGAUGACGCUGACAACAGCCGGGCUUCCCCUCCGGAACUUCCGCGCAUGCAGAGACCUUCCUUGCCAGAUCUCUCGCGGCCAAAUACCGCCAGCGGCACCGGCAUGAAACACAGUUCAUCGGCUCCGCCGCCUCCACCCCCAGGACGCCGAGCCAACGCACCCCCUGCCCCUCCUCCCAUGCACAGCAGCAAAGCACCUUCCUACAACCGCGAAAAGCCCUUGCCACCAACGCCAGGACAGCGGCUCCCAGGGACUCGGGAUGGACCGCCGGCUCCUCCCCCUAUCAAGCCGCCCCCUUCCCCAGUGAAUAUCCGAACGGGACCAAGCAGUCAGGGCCAGUCUCUGGCGCCCCCUCCUCCACCUUACCGCCAACCCCCCGGUGUACCCAACGGCCCUGCCAGCCCCACCAACGAGUCCGCUCCCGAGCUUCCGCAGAGACACAAUUCCUUGCAUCGAAAGACACCAGGGCCUGGGAGGGGUAUGGCUCCUCCCCCGCCCCCUUCAGCCUCCCCUUCUUUACAGAGCAGUCGGCCCCCACCUCCUGCCCGUGACCCUCCAAGCCGGGGCGCAGGUAAGAGCAUCUCCUAGCCCUUGUUUGUGAAAAACUGGAAGUGGUCUUGGCGUUGACAGCCUCUUGUUAAUCUCUCAAGAGAAAAAAAUGCCUCCGAUCUUGGUGCCAGGAUGUGUACGCGGUGGGUUUAAGAAGGUUAGGAAUGGCCUCGUUUCAUGCUCUGUAGCAUAGCAGCUACGAGUGGGCUGUGAAUUAGGAAGUUUUCAGUUUGAACCAUACCUUUGCCACAAACUUGCUAGGUGUCACCUGGCCAAGCCACAAAUUCACAGUCUCAGUUGUUUCCAAAGGCAUACUCUUCUUCCAUUGUCUCCCAAGGCAGAUGGAUGCCAGCGAAGAGUUGUCACUCCUCUUAAAUCUGCAGGUGAAACAUUUGAAGGCUCGAAAGAGCUGUUCAAAGACAAGGAUGAUGGUGUGGAUGUGCAGUUUCCGUUGUUUUAAGUUGUGGCCAAUUUUUGACCAUGCUGGCUAUGGCUUCUGGGAGUUUUGAGUCCAACUCAGCACCCGAAGGACCAGCUUCCCUAUCCCAGGCAUCGUGCACAAAGGGUACUUCCUCCAUAGCAUGUUACUGGUGCUUGGAAGACUGGAAUAUAAAUUCAAGUUUCACAGCGAGAGUCUUCCUACCAAGACAUGUGGGAUCGAAUUUAGUUUUCUGUGUUGUGCAGAAAAGUAUGCCUUGCCCUCCUAACAGCUGACUUGCUAAAAAGGACCCUGCAGCUUCAUAGUUAUUAAAAAGCUGGUCAUUAAUUAGUAGAUGCUCGUGCUUUCCGGAACAGCGACAACAAAAAGCAGGUCUUACAUUCUUGUCCUACAAAUAAGCCUACCUGUUUAGUGUGGGGUGUUUGUUACUGUGGAGCACAAUCAUCUGAUCAGCCUAUUUUGUGCUCAGAUCAUGACUCCCCAUGCAGCUGCAAACCCUUCAAAAAGAAGCAGAGAGGACAGUUGGUACAGGUAUGUUGCGAUCAGAACGCAGCAAUUUUACAGUCACUUGAGUAUGCGCACAAUGCUCACCAAGGGCUUGGUAGCCUACAACUCGCCAUGCUAAGGGUCACAUAGGUGAAUUAGCCUCUUCGAUAAGUAAGAAAAUUCCUUAAUGGAGUUGGGAGGUCAGGAAAAGAAACCCGGAACCCUAUAUAGCAGGUGCAAGGAAAAGACAAGGCUGUCAAGGACCUGCAGAGCCAAUGAUGUUGAUGGAAGGCCUAGGGCUAUUUGCCUAGGGAACUCUGCUUUUCCCUUUUUUGGCUACUAAGCUAGCUCAUGAAAUCCUGACCUGGGAAAUUUCCUUUGCAGCCCCUCCACCGCCACCACCCAUGAUCCGAAAUGGCGGUAGAGAUGCGCCUCCGCCUCCCCCACCCUACAGAAUGCACGGGACGUCAGACCCUAUGAGCCGUGGGAAACCCCCACCCCCACCCACCAGGACGCCAGUUGGACCUCCUCCCCCUCCCCCACCCAUGAGAAAUGGACACCGGGACUCUAUUUCCACUGUCAGGUCUUUCUUAGGAGGUGAGUAGAAAGAACCUGCUGUUACCUUAAAUUAUAGGUGUCAGGUGCAUUUAAGUUGGCUUUGAGACAUGUGCUGGAUUCAAAGGAAAACCAGCCUGCCCAGAAUUACGAUACUUCUGCUGGUUUGGCUGGUAUCGGUGGCUAUGAAAAAUACUGCGAUCGGCCAGGAAGAAGUGUGUGUGUGUUGGGGAUGAAACUUCAUUCAUACAAGCUUAGGAAGCAUCUCUAAAAUGAAAGACACUGGCAUAGACGUGUUGGCAUAGACUGCCAAGUCAUAGUAUGGCUUGGCAUGAAUGAGUGACCCUGUGGGUUCCCAGAGAGGAGAUUGCUGCAGUUUUGCUCCUCCUUCCAUCCUGCUGAUGCUGCACUGCUGUGAGCUAAGCCAUGGUUUCCCCUAAUGCUAUGUCUAAAUUCGGGUUCAUGGCUUUUCUUGCUCCAGACAAACUCAGCGUGUCCAGCCGCAGAACAAACAUUGCCAACAUCUCAUGGUUGGUCUGAAGCAAAAUAGACCAAAUGUCUGAAGCUAAGCCAAACUGUGGCUUCACUUCUAGCAACCUGGAAAAGGAGAUGCAAAGUUCUCUGGGAACUUCUUUAUUAUCCUUCGUUGGGUUUGGCUUAGCAUGUGUACAGAUGGAGUCGCUCUCUCCCUUUUGGUGUUGACAGCUUGUUAAGCAUCUGAUGCUUUGAAUUAUAUAUCCACUGGAUGCUUUUAUUUAUAGUCUGUAACAGUUUAUUUUAGUUACAUUUCAUUUUGUACAGAAUGCCCAAACAGCUACUUGGAGAAGCAGUGACACAAACUAUAUAUAUAGAUAGGUAUAUCUAUAGGAAUGUUGAAAUGCUGACUCAUGCCCAUUCUGACACUCUACACAAAGCUCUUAUUACCAGAUGACACUGAUUUCCUGGUGGAUUCUGCCCUCAGUCUGUCAUCUGCAUAUAAUGGUGACCAAAAUUUGGCACCUGGAGAGAGCGGCCCCUAGCCUUACUUUCAGGGUGGGGCUGCUUCAAGUUUUGCCAUUUUAGCCAUCAUUCCAACCUCAGGGUUUUAUGGAUGCAAAAAGUCGGGCAGUGGGAAUCCUUCAGACCAGAAAUGGUUUUCAGGCCUUAUUUUCCUCCUUUUCUGCAGAUGACUUUGAAUCUAAAUACUCCUUUCAUCCAGUGGAAGAUUUCCCAGCGCCAGAAGAGUUCAAGCACUUCCAGAAGAUUUAUCCCAGCAAAACGAAUAGAGGUGAGCACUGAUUUGGCUCACAUCUGCUUAUUGGUCUCCCAGGUAUCUGGCUGAUAGUUCGUAAAGCAAACUAUUUUCAGCUCCAUGCUUGAAAAUUUGGCAAGUUGUGAUAAACAAUUUAAUUCCAUGGGACUGAGAAUAUGGCUUGCCAGCAUUACAAAUGAGAUGAUUUUAUUUAAAAUCAUCAACAAUUCCUUCAUUCUGUUUCCGGGCCUUCAAAUUAUGCAAACUGUGCAGUCUUGCAUAAAUUUAACACUGGUUUUGAUUUAGACUUGUCCAAGUUCAUUGUGCUUUUGUGAAGAAGAGGGAAUGCAGGAGGUAGUUACAGGAGCAGCUGCAGAAGCAGACCGACUGGGGAGCCCUGGGGGUGGGAACGUGAUGACUCACUGCUCUUCAUGGCAAAGGAUUUGCUGGAAUGGGCUGAACAAGAUGCAGAAGCCUAGCUACCUGGAAAACAUGAGAACGAUGUGCAAGUUUGAAGUGGCACAACGGGUUAGCAUGUCUGGCUGUUAAUCAGAAGGUUGGUGGUUUGAGCCCACCCAGGGAUGGCUGUGGGCAGGAUUCCUUCACUGCAGGGGGUUGGACUAGAUGUCCUUUGGGGUCCCUUCCAACUCUACAGUUCUAUGAUUCAGUAUGAUUCAGUUUUUGUUUUUUGUUUUUGUUUUGUUUUUUGCUAAACUCAAAUCUGCAUCUUGCAAUGGUGGGGAACUGAAUUUGGCUAGCGCAGCAAAUUAUUAUCUUCCCCCAUCCCAUGUGGACCAGGUUUUAUAGAUGGACAGAUCCAUCCACCUGUAAGUCACCUGGUGUCACAGUGGUGCCAGGUCAUCCUUUUUUCACCCAACAGGUCUUGCAUGGCACUUUACAAAGGAUUUCAAAACACUUGACUGUCAGCUGAUAGCCUGGCCUUGCUGAGCACUUGGUACGGGGCUUUGCAGUCCCAGCUGAUCAGUAAUGCCUGCAAAGCCCCCUUCAGCUGAGCUUAUUACCUGCCCUGCACUUGAUGUCAGGUGUAGGGCAAGUGGAUGCAGCUUGGCAAAAAUAGCCUCCUGGGCCAAACAGGGAGGCCUGGGUCUAAUGAGGUCUGCACCUAGAGGUUCCUCAGCCCUGGCAAAAUGACUACCUAGGGAUAGCGGUAGCAAUGUGGAAACUUUGUAUUGAUUAUUGGGAGGUUAUUGAUUUUGUUUUGUUUUGUAUUUUGUGUCUGAUUUUCUAUUGUGAACUAUCCUUGUUCUCAUUUUCUGUUGUAAACCAUCCUGGGAUCUUUGGGUGAAGGGUGGUAUACUUACUACUACUACUACUACUACUACUACUACUAAUAAUAAUAAUAAUCUCUUUUGCUUUGUGUAAUGUUUGAUGUAGUACAGUAUUUUAAUUAUUAUUUUUUUGAAGCCGCCCAGAGUGGCUGGGGAAGCCCAGCCAGAUGGGCGGGGUAUAAAUAAAUUAUUAUUAUUAUUAUUAUUGUUAUUAUUAUUAUCAGCAUGUUUGUAGAGCCUAACUUCCUAUGGUGAUGCAUCUGUGGCAUUAACAGUCUAUUUCUUUUUCAGCUACUCGUGGGGCCCCUCCUCUGCCUCCCAUCCCAAGGUGA